CGGGUUUCCCACCUCGCGCUCCGCGCAGAGUCUCUCCCUGCGGUCGGUUACCCAAACCAAAGAGGACGAGCGCCUUCCUUCAGGCCUCAAGAUUUGCCCCCACGGCAUGCUAUGAGUCAGCAGCAUCCCCCCUCAGGCCGGCCCUCCGCCCACCUUCACCACCGGCCAUUUAAACCCCGCAAAGGGGGAAAGAGGCGUUUAUCCAGCUGGCGCUGAUUUUUGUCGCCCACAGCUCCUUGCACCUGUAGGCGUCCUAGGCGGAGGGCACUGCCGGCCGGCCCCUAUUCACAGCUGUGAUAGUAUUUCAGCUCCGUGUUUUGUCUCCAGCAUUUGGGAUCGACCUCCUCUGACCCUAACUAGACUCCCUCAGAGUCCCCACAGCGCACCAAUCUAGACUAGAUCUUGGCAGACGGUACCUUCUAUUUUGUACAUGACUCUUCACCCCGAAUAACAUCCCUCAGAGGGUACCAGCGUCUGGGCAGUGCUUGAGCUUCAGGAACUGGGUCCAGCCCUCGACGGACCUCUGCCCUGACCCUCCCCAGUGGCCUUCUUUGUGUCAGCUGCUUCGGCUGCUGCAGCAGAUACUUUCAGCGGCAACUCCCUGCAAGGUGGGGCACCCAUCUCAGGCAGGUUUUGUGCACCCCACUGACUACUCCCCAGGGCUGCCACACUGCCUGUGGCUUCAGGAUGAAAGGGGAGACCCCUGUGAACAGCACUAUGAGUAUUGGGCAAGCCCGCAAGAUGGUGGAACAGCUUAAGAUUGAAGCCAGCUUGUGCCGGAUAAAGGUGUCCAAGGCAGCAGCGGACUUGAUGACUUACUGUGAUGCCCACGCCUGCGAGGAUCCCCUCAUCACCCCUGUGCCCACUUCGGAGAACCCCUUCCGGGAGAAGAAGUUCUUCUGUGCCCUCCUCUGAGUCGCCCCGUCCCUCCCCACAAGCUCGUCACCUUUCCUCCUCCUAGGCCCUUCCUUAGGUCAGUAACUGUC